UACCAGGGAAGUCAAGUGCACUUGUUUUCUGUGGUGGUAGCGUAUGUCAUAAUUUGAACAUAUAUCUCUCAGUAGACUUUUUCUCCAAAAGGAAGAAAAUAAUUUAAUUUUGAAAAAAAAUGACAAACUGUGAGUCACACCAGUGUGAAGAAGAGAAAAGAUAUGUUUCGGGGUUCUUUAAAGGAAAAUCAGUAUUUGUAACUGGAGCUACUGGUUUUAUGGGGAAAGUCCUCAUAGAAAAAUUAUUGCGAUCUUGCCCUGACAUUGGAAAUGUGUAUGUACUAGUGAGAGAAAAAAGAAAAAAUCCAUAUGAACGUAUCAAGGAUCUUACUGCAAAACCUCUCUUUGAUGUUGUGAAAAAGCAAAGACCAGAAGCUAUUGAAAAACUUAAACCAGUGAAAGGCGAUGUAACAGAGCUUGGGCUUGGGCUCAGUGAUGAAGAUCGUGAUUUACUAGUACGGGAAGUCAGUGUUGUUUUUCAUGCUGCAGCAAGUGUACGUUUUGAUGAUAGUCUUGCCUAUGCAACAAUAUUAAAUGUAAGGGGAACACGUGAGACUAUUAACCUUGCCAUGGAGAUGAAGAAUCUGAAGGUAUUUGUUCACAUCUCGACAGCUUAUUGUAAUCUGCAUGAAACAGUUGUUGAAGAGAAGCUGUAUCCAGCUCCUGCUGACUGGCGAGAAAUGAUAAGCAUAGCUGAGAAUACAGAAGAUCUCACAUUAAGGAUACUCACCCCGAAGAUUCUGGGAACAUAUCCAAAUACUUACACAUUCUCCAAAGGCCUGGCAGAGCAUUUAGUAAAUGAUCACAGUGACAGAAUUCCUUCAGUCAUAAUUCGACCAACUAUCUUGAUUUCAACAACUAAAGAACCAUUUCCAGGAUGGGGAGAUACAUUCAAUGGUCCAGUUGGUCUUUUAAUCGCUGCAUCAAUGGGUGUUGUACAUGUCAGCUAUUCACGUAGGAGUUGUGUGGCUGACUACAUGCCGGUAGAUAUUGCUGUCAAUGCUACAAUACUUGCAGCAUGGAAAAAAGGAACUGAAAGUUCACCAAAGGAAGUCAGUAUAUAUCAAUGUUCAAGUCAUAAACACCAAGCAUUAACUUUGAAGGAGGUUGUGGAUAUAGGACAAAAUCUAAUUUGGGAUUAUCCUCUGGGAUACUGUCUAUGGUAUCCGUCUGGAGUUAUUACAGAUAACUGGUUUAUAUAUUUCAUAGCAGCUAUGAUGUUCCAUAUAAUACCUGCAGUAUUCUUUGACCUGCUACUGAGGAUAGCUGGGAAAAAACCAAUACUUCUGAAGAUAGCUCGACGCAUAUACCUUGCCAAUACAGCACUCAGCCAUUUUAUACUUAAUGAAUGGAAAUUCUCGAAUGAAAAAGCAUUGGAGCUGGAAAAAUAUCUGUGUGGUUCAGAUAUUCAGACAUUCUCUUAUCACAAGGAUGAAAUAGAUCACAUCAAAUUUUUUCGUAAUGGCUUGGUCGGGGCCCGGAAGUAUUUGUUGAAAAGAAGUGAGGAUUCUCUUGAAAGUGAAAGAAGACACCUGAAAAGGAUGUAUUAUCUUGCCCUGCUGACAAAUAGCCUAUUUGCUGGUUUCAUUCUGUGGUACAUCUAUACUAAAUUCAUAGCAUAACAGUAUAAAUGAAAUAUUAAUUGUUUAAUGUUUUAUAAUGCAGAUAUUAAUUUUAUGUCUGUCAUGUUUCACUAGAAACAUUGAAAUUUUCAUUUAACAGAAAAUAAAUAUAUCUCUUUUGAAUAAGACAAA